AUGAAUAGUGGACAAGGAUAUCGCUUAGCCGAUCGCGCUAGAUAUUCGUCUCAGACAUCAACUUCUGCUUUACCUAAAAGUGCAGAUAUUGUGAUCAUCGGUGGUGGUAUUAUCGGUACACUGGCAGCGGUUUACUUAGCAAAUAGAAUCCCUGGUAGCUCUAUGUGCAUUAUCGAAAGAGAUUUGUCAUAUACCUAUGCUUCCACGGUUCUAUCUGCUGGGUCACUACGUGUCCAGUAUUCUAUUCCGGAAAAUAUUUACAUGUCAGUUGAAAGCUUUAAAUUUUUGAAAGAUAUUGGUACUCAUUUACAAGUUGAAGGUGAUGACCCACCUGAUAUACAAUUGAUAGAAAAGGGCUUUCUAUUUUUGGCUCCAGAGAAAAUGGUACCUCUAAUUACGACAUACAAAGGAAUUCAUGAAAAAUUAGGCAUACCAACGGAAAUAUUGCAGCCGUCUGAAAUAAAAGAAAGAUACCCAUGGCUCAAUCUCGAUGAUAUAGUCUUAGGCUCAUAUGGAUGUGAUUAUGAAGCGAUGUUCGACCCGUGGGCAUACUUAAUGUGUGCAAAAAAGAAAGCUCAAUCUAUGGGUGUACGUUAUAUUGAAGCUGAAGUAAAAGGAAUGGAAAGAAAUGGAAAUCGUAUAGAUAAUGUUUCGGUUGUAACAACCCAAGGAGAAAGAGCAACGAUAAAUUGUGGCUCAGUCAUUAAUGCUGCUGGUGCUUGGUCGAGCGGAGUAGCUAAACUUGCUGGUAUAGGAGCUGAAGGUGCCCCUCCAGAUCUGAAAACUCCAUUACCAGUGGAACCAUUUGCGAGAUACGGUUACGUAUUCGAGUGCCGUGAUGGACCUGUAGACACUCCAGCUGUUGUUGUUGAUGGAGUAACUGGUGUCGCUUUCCGUCGAGAAACGUCAGGUUUAUUUGCUGCAAGCGCAAUCCAAGCAAGUCGUAAAUUUUACUAUUUAAUGCGUUCAGGUAAAGAUAAAGAUAGUUCCAAGCUAGAAGUAGACUAUGAUUUCUUUGACGAGGGAGUGUGGCCUGGAUUAGCAACAAGAUGUGACGCAUUUAAUGGCUUAAAGUUAGUAUCUGCAUGGGCUGGCUAUUAUGAAAUAAACACACUGGAUAAUAAUGCGAUAAUAGGGCCGCAUCCCGCCAUUCCUAAUUUUUAUUUCUCUACGGGUUACAGUGGACACGGCUUACAGCAUAGUCCUGCAGCUGGUCGUGCUAUUAGCGAAUUAAUCCUAGAUGGAAAAUUUACAACAAUGGAUUUAUCAAAAUUUUCCUUCGACCGAAUAAUUCGCAAUGAACCUUAUAAGGAAUUAGCAAUGAUUUAG